CACGGUGAAGGAUCACUGCCGGGAGGGUGUUUUAAUUUAGUGCGAGACUUCGAACCGUUCGGUCGUGUUGCGUGCGUGCUUUCUGAGUGCCACUUAAACGCACUUUGGUUCUGCCUUCUGUUAGUGUGGUAGUGCUUGUGGUUGUACACGACGAAAAAGCUAUCAGCCAAAAGGAGAACUAAUAUUUAUUGUGAAACACUUCCGAGCAUGAAACUAGUGAACAACAACGCGUGUGCUUUUCCUAACUAUCGAAAUUAGCUGGUGAAAAACAAUUGACCAAAAAUAGUACAGUGUCAGUGACAGCACCAUCCCGAGCAAUCAUGCAAUCACGCGUAAAGCUUACGCUAGUGGUAGUGGUCCUUUGGAUAAACGUACUACUACUUCACUCCUGUGCACACGCAUCAACCGACUCGGGUUUGCCCGAUUUCGAGCUAGACGAUGGUAAAGAUGAUGCGGACGAUGAGUACUACUACGUGAACGAUGGUAGCGAUCAGCAGAUGCAACCAUCGCACAAAAUCAUCAGCUAUGCUAAGCCGCCACCAACCGGGGACAGUACGGCACCCGCCGAGACGGUUGCAACCGAACCCUUUCUGAUGGAGGACGACGAUACCAGCUUCGAGGUGAUGGACGAUGUAGACUUUGUCGAGCAGGGCACCAUGGACUUCCAGCGUAAGGCGGAGCGUAUGAAGCGGAUCAUGCUGAAAGCGUUCGCCAACCGGGAGUUUCAGCGAAAGUUUGGUGAGGUGUUGCCACUGCUGAAGGUGAUGUCGAAGACCCAAAAGUCUACGCUGGCAGCGCUGAUUACGGCGCAGGUGAAUUCGCGCGAAGGACACACACUAUCGCUUGAGCAGGUCAAAUCAAUGUUCGGUAACCGGCCGGAAUUGAUUCUACCGCUCGUCUACGACAUUGCGAACAUGAUCCGUACCGUGGCCAAAAAGGAAAGUCUGCUGCACGAACAGCAACGUGAGCGGUUAGAGGAGGCCGAUAAGGCGCUGGUCGAGGACGAAGGUGUCCUUUCCAAUCAUUUGCUACGAAGAAGCUUUAGCAUUCGCUCCGAACCGCACGGCUUUCGCAUGAACGAUUCACCGGCAAUUGCUUCCGAUCUGAAGGAUGGUCGAUUGAUGGUGGACGAACAGGAUGAUGCUAAUGUUCGCACUAUCUCAACGGAUAGUAGCAAUGAAGAGGCAGCACGAUCGGCCCGGAACGAACCACUCCCGUUCUUCGAGAAGCUCGUACAAGCAUUGCCACGCUUCAACGUGCAACAGACACACGACAAACCGGACGAUCGGAUGACAUACCACGAGCGAAAGCUUAACAUGACCGCAUUCAACGCCACCGGCACACAGCGGGAUCAGCUAGCGAUGGCUUCCGAUGGUCCGAUCCCAGUCACCCUGCCCAAAGUUUCUCCCAAAAAGUCGUCUGGGUCAGCAGCGGGGGGUAUGAAUGCGAUCACCUUCACACCGACCACUACCACCACCGCCUCCGCCGUCACCGAGCGUAGACUAACGCUUGAGGAGAUCGAAGAUCUUGCCUUUGGCGGGCUUAAUGGAACGGAAGUCGAUGCGUACGGUACGGCGUCCGGUGUGACCACGACCGGUAACGGAACGUCCACCAGCGGGAGCCCAGUUGCGGAGAAGCUCAUCGGUGGCCGUCAGCGACCUCAGGGACUCCAUACGCUACAACCUAGCGAAAAGUGUGAAUACUUCUCCGGCGGUGUUUGUAUCCGGGUCGCCAACUAUCCCACUUCCGAGAUUAUGUACAGUAUUACACGCCACCGACAUGCCAUCGGUGCCCUGCUGGCCGAGUACAUUGACAAGGCGAACGCCCAGGACCGAACCGUCUACGAGCCGGACGAGAUUGCGCAGGGUAUCAACACCAAGCUCAGAAAGCGAGAGGAUGACCCAUCCAAGUCCGGUGGCAGCAUGUGCCCCAGCAUCAUCCGGUACGCCCGUCCACAGAAGGCACGUUCGGCGACCGGUGAGUGGAAGUACAUCGUCAACACGGGCGAACACACGCAGACGCUACGAUUGGAAAAGUGCAGCACACCGCAAGACUCGUGUACCUAUCUGACGGACAAUUUCCGGUCGCGUUGCGUGCAGAUCUACAAUUACCAUCGGCUGCUGAGCUGGGACGCUGCGCGGGGACUGCAUGUGGACAUCUUUAAGGUACCGACCUGUUGCUCCUGUCACAUCGAUGGGUAUCGGGAAACGUUUCCACCGCUAACAAGCUACAAUGAUUUCAAGUCGAAGAUCCACGAAGAUCCGAGCGAAUCGGCAUCGACACUGAUCCGCAACACGCACCACUACUCGACGCUCCAGUUCGAUCAGGUCGAUGAGGACGAGUCGGAUGAUAACAUUGCGUACCAGUUCUCGAACGGAUUCCAGCGCGUCAAACCACCAAAGUACGAGGGUGGACCGUUGCAUCUUCCGGCGGUACCACCACCUCCACCACCACCACCAGCCGGACCGGGUAAGACCAGGUUCGAUCGGCCACCGAAACAUCCGGGCAUCUCGAAACCGAAACAUCCGCACUUUAUCGCACCACCAACGCUCGACACGUAUCUGAGCCCACCGCCAAACGAUCUUGCGUACGGGAUCCCCUUCAAACGAGGACCUCACUAUACCACGGAGAAUGCUUUAAAACGGGCAGGAAACGUUGGUGGACCUAACAGGAGACCGUUGCGCAAGACUUCCAAUGUGCAGCAUGGUGAUCAAAGCAUCGCCGAAACGGACUCCCGGCUCAAUCAGGUGGCCGUGCUGCCACCGUCCAAGUUGGACCAAUUGCCCCAAACGCAGGCACAAAACAUCAUCGAGAAGCAUCGGCGGCGACAGCAUACUACCCCACAGCCACCACUAACUACGCUCCAGCAGCAACAGCAGACGCCCAUCAUCUUUCGCAUAUCACAACCGGCAACAUCUUCGAAUGUCAUCAACCCUACGGUACCACUCUCCACUAUGCCACAGACACCAGCGCAACCUAGCACGGUCAGCACUAGCACGACCACGGUCACAUCGACGAAUGGACACCAGCGUAUCAACUACAACUACCAUCCAAUAAUCGAUUUCUUCGAGGAGGAGGAAGUACCGGACGUUACGCAGGAACAGAUCGACCGGAUCGGGCUGAACAGUCACACGUCGCUCAACAGCUGGAAGCCCUUAAUUACCGGUAGACCACGGUUUCACUGAAACACCAUCAAAACUCGCGUUUCGAAUGAACCAGAGAAUACUCACUCGAUUUCACGCACGAACCCUAGAGAUCUAGCUAAUUUAUAACUAAAAACCUACCGGCUAAGUGUUAAGUGUUAAGCAGCGUAUUCAUUAAGCAAAUUCUCCACCAAGUAGUUCCAGACACGAUGCGACAUCAACGUUUCGCCCUUCGACAACUAACACGGAAUAAUAAUGACUUGCCAAGUGGAUCGUAAUAGAAGCGAUACAGAAAUAGUGUUAUCUCAAACACGUGUAAAUGCUGUGCGAUGAAGUACUGCAGCUUUUUUGAGUAGAAGUACCCGGACAGAAGAUGGCGAUGCGUUACUUUAUCCUAACAUGACAGAAAUAAAAGUAUCGCUGUGAUUAUUAA